AUGGCCGAGGCCGCCGCGAGGGCCCGGGACCCGGCGGAGGAGCGCAGGGCGGCGGCCGAGGCGCUGCGACCGGAGCGGGCUCUGAGGCGCCUGGUGGUGCUCGUGGACCCAGCUAUCCUGAAAGAUGCUGGCGCCGACAUCUUGCUGGAGGCCCUGGACGUCCUGGGCUGUGAGCACCGCGUGGAGCCCCAGCUCCGUGCCAGGAGCCUCAGCUGGAGCCGCGUGAGGCCGGACCCCUGCCCCUGCGACGUGCCCCCUCAGCUGUGGGCUGCACACGAGCAGGAACUGCUGCUGCUGUUGGAGCCAGAGGAGUUUCUGCAGGGCGUCGCCCGGCUGACCCAGGUGCCUCCCCCAGCCCUGCCGCAGUGGAGGUGCGCUGGCGAAGGGCAUGUGCUGCCUGAGUGCCCGGGCAGCUCAGAACUCUUCCCUGGUCUCUGCGUUCUCAGCCGGGGGCAGGUGGCAGCCGCAGCUGCUCCCAGAGGGCGGGAGCCGGAGGUGUCUGGCCCAGACUGCUCGGUGCCCUGGACUUGUCCUGGGAGCCCCUCCCGCCCCCACCUGGCCAUCAUUGGGCUGGAUGCCCACUUGCGGUACUGCCCCCAUCCCCCAGCAGGGCUGCCCGGGAGAGGAGGGUGGGGUAGGACCGGCUGGGUGUGGGAGCCAAGGCUGGUCCCUCUGUCCAGGUCUCACCCGCGCUGUGUCCCGGGAAUGGGACGGUCACCAGGGAGUCCAGUGGUGCCCCACACCAAGGCGGCUAUCAGCUGGCUCCAGGUGGAGGAGGCCCUGGUGCUCCUGCAGCUCUGGGCGGGCCUGGACGUGCUGCUGGUGGCCUCCUGGCAGGAGCUGAGCGAGCACGUGUGUGCCUUCACCAGGGCCCUUGCCCAGCGCCCCUACAAGCAGCUCCGGGAGUCCCAGGCUUUGUCCUUCUGCACGGCAGGGCGCUGGGCAGCCAGCGAGCGGGCGGCAAGACACAGCAGGGGGCUGCUGGGGACUUGGUGGUGGCAGAUCAGGCAGUUCAACCGAGUCAGCCCCGCGGUGGCUGACGCCGUGGUUGCCGCUUUCCCCUCUCCCCGCCUUCUACAGCAGGCAUACGUGGCCUGCAGCUCGGAGCGGGAGCGGCUGGCUCUCCUGGCUGACCUCCCUGUGGAGGUGGGCCAGGGUGGGCGGCCCCGCAGGGUGGGGCCCGACCUGUCCCGCCGCCUCUACCUCUUCCUGACCACCUGCAACCCUGAUCUCCUGUUGGACCUGUGUUCCUGAGCACACUGCCUCCGAUCA